UUCGUCUCUCUUAAGCUCAAUUCAACUUUGGCUGGCUGCUCAGAGACGGAGAGAGAGAGAGAGCCUAAAGAGAUGAACUUUGAUUAAUUGGUGAUUGACUUUGACAGCAUCCAAUUCCUAGGUUCUCUCUCAUCCUUCUCCACGGUUUCUUCUCACCUUGAAACUGUUAUAUUCUAAUUCUUGUAUGCAGAUUUUUUAUAGGUCCGAUGAUUUGGGAAUCUAAUAAACACCAAUUCGAGUUUUAGAAGGUCUGAAACAUACCCAAUUUGUAUUUUGUUCCUACCCUUAUCUCAUACAUGGUGCUUCAAUGCAAGAAAUGAAAUUUUCGAGGCAAACCCAUUUCAGUUCCAGGUCUGAUCUGUAAACUUUUACUGUCUUUGGUUGACCAGAAAAAAGACAAAAUUUCUCCAUUUUGGUUUUGAAAAGGAGGGUCUUGAAGGAGUUUCAAGGGUGGUCCACUUAAAUUUUUCUUGCCAACUUUUAUCUGAUUGUUUGCUUUUGCUUCAUAGCUUCGUGUAUGUUGUGAAUCGUGAAUUACGCAUAUAUAGAUAUAGAUUUCUAGCUCUGUAUUGAAUUUCUUGUUAUUAGUUGAAUCAUCAUGUCCUCUGAAUCCUGUGGGUCGAGCUUGCUUCUGGCUCUGUCAGAUGAUGUGUUUUCUAUUGUCACCUGGUCCCUCUCACCUAGAGAUAUAGGCAAUCUCAGUCUAUGCUGCCGUAGUUUGUAUGCACUCAUGGAGUCCGAAAAAGUGUGGCAAAUCCAAUGUGAAAUGGUUGGAAUUGUACCUCUUCAAGACCUUGUUCAGUGGCGUAAGGCCGUCUCAUCAUACAAGGCACUUUGCCGCUUUCUCUUUAGUGUUCAGCCACUAAUGGGAAUAUGGGUUCAUCAGAAUCCAGAGCUUGGCAAUGUAGUCUAUGUCAUGCCAGGUUUUGUUUCUGUUGUUGGGUGCCGCAUAAUACCUCAAGAACUCGGGCCGUUAGGCAUUGAAGACGGCCCUAUUCUGUGGGCUCCUGUAUUUGAAAUUAUUUGUGAUUUUGAUGGCUCCACAUCCUUUUUUCUACAUGGAAGGGAGAAGGGACAUGAUUAUGUGUAUCCUGGUUUUGUGAAACCUAUCGGCAGGUCAUGCAAUGUGCUUUUGCUUGAGAUCGAGCCUAGACUACAUAAAAAUCAGGGUAAAUCAUUGCAUUGCAAGAGUUUUGUUCACAACUCAGAUAAGGAGUCGUCAAGGAACAUUUGUAGGUCAAAUAGUGGACUUUCAAGGUCCCAGAGGGUGUUUGGACAGAGUGAGACAUUGGUGCCCUUCAGUCGAUUGGCUUUCAGUGAUAGAAGAAAAUUACUUGAUGUUAUCACGAGCCAGAUUCGUCUAAAGGUUCCUGAUGCAGCAGUUGGGCCGCUCUUUCCUCGGUGGAGGGAUAAUGAGGAGAACUUCCAGAAGGAUAUGGUGCUCUUAUUGGAACGAAGAUCAAUGAUUAUUCAAAUGCAUAAGCUUGGUGGAGGUGACAUAGAUUUGAAGGCAAGUAGUCUGCUGCCAUCUGAUCCCACUCAGCUGCAAUUGAGUGAGAUCAGAAAGAGUCUUGAUCGGUUAAGUGUUUCUCAAAACUCUAUUAAUGAGGAAGACGGUCACAGACAAUGCAACAGGAGGAAAACUCUUAGCAAGUACUUUAGGGAUAGCCUCAAUCAGAUCUUUGGGAAGUCAGUCGCAACCACUGCAAACUCAAAGACUAGUUCUUCAAGCAGUGAGAAUAAGCACGCAUCCCUUGAGGAUUUUCUGAGUUCAGGUGAUACAAUAGGAUUGACUUUACAUGCUUCACAUGUGAAGUUAUCUUCUUAUCGAGCAUGGCCAAACAUGCAUGACAGUCGAUUUGCCAUUUACAGAUUGCCCUUGCGGAUCCCAACUGCGGAACAAGAAUAUGCUGGUUUAUGGGGAGGGACUUUUGGUUGGCCUCCUGGGAAGUCGUCCAAAGACAAGCCUGGAAAGGCUCUCUUCUUUCUUUUGCUUUCUUAUGAGGAGUGCCGGGGGCAACAACUUCUAAUUGCAACCAAAAUAUUAGAGGGUACCCACUAUGUUCUGCAUCCUAAUGGCUCAGCCAUGUUUGUAGUUAAUAUCGAUGAACCUUCAUUCGAUCCAUUCCCUUGGGAUACUGAUGCAGGUGCAGAUUCCCUUGCUGUGAAUAUUAAGCAUGUUUUUAAAGGGGAGGGUAUUGCAAAUGGGUAUGGGUUUAGGUAUCCAGGCUCGAAACCGGGUUCUCUCUUUGUAUUUCAAGAUGGUCAACUUGCCUUCAUUUGGAAUGAGUCUAGGGCUGUCUUGACUUUGCAGAGGCUUAACUUGCAAGAGCUUUUAAAAAAGGGCGAAAGGGUGCCUGCGCUACCUCCGAUUGCUAAUUUUUCAUAUUUGACCAAGUCUUACUCAAAUGUCUUUGCUGAGUUCCCAAACACCUCAACUUCUUGGGUGUCAUCAAGGGAGGAAAAAUCUGAUCCCUAGGUGAACACAAUAGAUGAGGCCUUCUUGAUACACAUGAAGCCAAAGAAAAAGUAAGAAUACAAAGAAUUAUUAAAGAGAAGAUGUGGUGGCUCUGUAACUUCUCUUUUCUUCUGUAUGAUAGGAUUUUGCUUGCUGUGGUGAGUGCUGAGGUUUUCAGCAAGAUUAUCUCCUUGUUUUAACUUUAUUUUGUGGCAUGAAAAAAACAGUAUUGAUUUCAUCAUGAUUUAUUAAUCGUCAUUGAGAAAUGAAGGAAGCCAAAACGAAAUAAAACUCAAGGUUGUUUUUUUUACAUGCUCA